ACUUUCAGUUAGUAAUGAAUAAAUUGAAACAUUACUUGAACCAUCUGUUCAUCAGAAGUGCGGCCACUAUAUCUAGGACUCCCAAAUAUGCAGGUAGAUCGUUGAGCUCAGAAGAAUGGAACGAACUAGCUCAAAAAUUGAAACCGAAUUCUGAAAAGUUCCCUCUUAUCGCUGUUCUUCACUAUAUUAAGAAUGAUAGGUAUUUUUCCAGAGCGAAGCGAGAAAAAAUUGAUUUGCCGCUUUUUAAACCAAAAUCAUCCGAAAAAUUUGUACUUGAAGCAAACGUUUCUCAUAGUCUUCUUGACAGUCGUUUAAAAUGGUUUGAGUCCAUAAGGAGUCUCUAUGAAUUCGUGAACUUGACUUCUGAUAGCGAAUCGAAAGGUACUUUGUUGAAGUUCUAUACUGAAGCAGCUUACCAAGCCAAGCAAUGGAAUAUUGUCAUUGAUUGCUUUGAAGAUGCUCAACAGUUUAGUGACCUUGUUUUUGGAAUGGAUGAGAUAACGAGAUACGCGGCUGUUGCAUUUGGAAAAAUUGGGAGUGUUUAGAAGCGACAGAAUGAUGGAGCUGUACUUCAGUGACCCCAAAAUGAUCCAAAUCACGAGCCUAGUUGUUGCCUUGCAUCCCAUUGUGUCCGGAAGGAGUAUGAAUACCCUACAUAGUCGAGUUAUUUCAUUCCUUACAACCCACAAAUCAGAUUUCAACAAGGUCAUUGAUUCUCUUUUUGACUCCGCAAUAUCUUUACUGUCUAACUCUAAUUCGAGUGGUGAAAAGUUCAUACAAGCUAUGAACGUGCUUCUUCUGAGGACAAAACUGCACUCGUUGUAUGGAUUGUUCUACGAAUACCCACUGGAUUUUGUCAGACAGGGCUUAGAAUUUGGUCAAUUCCAGCAGACGGUUUCAGAGUCCACUUACUACGACAACGCGUGCAGUAUAUGUUCUGGUAGCUUCCUGAAGUCGUUCUAUCUCGCUGAAACUGAAGUGAAAUCUCUGAGGGAGAUGUUCUGGAAAUUCCUGGACCAGAAGGCACAAAAAACAAACGUGCAAUCCUUACUUGAAGAGCAGAUAUAUGUCCUUCACCAGACGAUUCGAAGUAUGGGUGGCUCUCUAGAUGUUGUCAUCGAUGGUUUGAAUGCAGCCCACAACAAUGCAAUAACGUCUAUGAAGUUCGAGUUGUCGCAAGUUGUUCUCACCAAAGUGCAUCAACUAGUGCAUCGCCUCAAACUAAACAAAGUCCUCAUUCUUGUCCCUGACUCAGUUGUGAUCUCUAAACGACUAUACAGAUUCGACGCAAUGGAGCGAGAGAUAAAACGUCUCUAUGGGUCGAGUGUAGUUCUCCACAGAGUUAACAAGGAGUUUCUGGAUGACUGUUUUGUCAUCUAUGCCGCCCUAGUCUCCAACUCGUUCGUUCUGUCCAACGACCUCUAUCGAGAUCACGUAGGAAUGGCUAUGGCUCUGUAUCCACAAGCAGCUUCUUUGCUUCCCAGCUUUAUUAUGAGCAGGCGCAUCAAAACAUCAGGAACUGUCUCGGCGCGAAAUUUGACCGACCGAAACUCAAUUAGUGUCUACAAGCCUCCUUCUUUUUCUUACGUCCCUCAAUUCAGCAUCAAAAAGUUAAACGCGCCCGGAGUCUCUUGGGAUCUCAUUUUGCACGAACCAGUUGACCUGAAUAAAAAUCAAGAUAACCUGAAACUGAGAAGCCGAAAACCUAUUCAGUGGAUUUGUGCUAAACGCAACUUUACCGGGUUUUGUGAAAAGGAUAAUGAUCUCAUUGAUGAAUGGGUAGAAGAAAAUUUGUAGCAUAUUUAAAGUUG